AUGGGGCGGGGGCCCCCUAAACACCAGCAAGCAGUUGGGGAGAAGGCCAACCUGCAUGGACGCUUUGGGAAGGUUUGUUCAGGGUCCGGCUCUGGGUUGGCCAGUGGGCAGGGCGCUGCAGGCUCCGUUCGGAAGCUGAUCGAGUGGGGAAGUCUGGGGAAGGCAGAGAAAACCAGUCCAAACAGUGGGAUUCCUGACAUUCUCCCACGUACAGGGGCCUCUGCGCUCCCAGCUCCCGACUCCUCCGGCCAUGACAUUAAUGGUGCCCUGGAACCUUCCAACAUCGACACCAGCAUUCUGGAAGAGUACAUCAGCAAGGAAGACUCGCCAGAAAUCUGCUUCCCCGACAUCCCUCCCUCAUCCAGCUACGCGCACACCCAGCCUUCCGGCUCUGCCGCCGUCGGCGCCCCCGUUGCCAGCUCCAUCUCCAACGCCGCUCAUGUGACCAACCCCGCUUCCGGUGGUGCCCUCCAUCUCUGUGCCCCAGGCAGCCAAGGCCCCGGCCGUCAUGGUCCUCUCUUGGCCAACCCCUGCGGACCCAGCUACAGCGCUCACCUCAACUGCAAUAACAACAAUGGCAUGGUGGUGCCCAAGGGGUACCUCGGCGGCCACUGCCUGAGUAACGUGGUCCCUCCAAUCAAAUCGGAGCCCAAGGCCUCCUAUGCACCUGGCACUUUACCCGACUCUCCCCCGGACUCUGGAUCAGAAGCUUACUCCCCCCAGCAGGUGAAUGAUCCUCACCUCCUGCGGACCAUGACCCCCGAGAACAUGUGCCACAUGACCCCACCUUCUCGGCUGGAACACCCUCCUCCACCUCCCCACCUGCAGGGCCCCCCACCGCCCCCGCCGCAUCCCCCCCAGCCGCAGCACAACCCCCACUAUCCCAGCAUGCAGCGGGACAUGUACAUGAAGGCUGAGCCGCUCAUGCCGCCGUAUGCUAUGGGGCAGGGCAUGUCCCCGGGCGAUCUCCACCAUGCCCAGCAGUCGCAGAUGCUUCACCAGCUCCUGCAGCAGCAUGGAGCAGACCUCCCAGUGCACCCAGCCAAGAAGAGGAAACACUCAGAGUCGCCCCCCAAUACUCUCAAUGCACAGAUGCUCAACGGGAUGAUAAAGCAGGAGCCAGGUAUGGGCUCUGUGCCACUCAACCCUGACCGAGUCCAAACGCCUCCCUGGCACCAGCAGGGGGCACUCUCACCAGGGCUGAUCCAAGACAACGACAGCUUGAACGGCUCCUACCUGGACCCCAACUACCAGGCUAUAAAGUGGCAGCCACAUCAGCAGAACAAGUGGGUGACUCUCUACGAUGCCAGCUACAAGGAACUCCCCCUGCCCACGUACCGGGUGGACGCGGACAAAGGGUUCAACUUCUCGGUGGGCGACGACGCCUUUGUGUGCCAGAAGAAGAAUCAUUUCCAGGUCACGGUCUACAUUGGCAUGAUCGGCGAUCCCAAGUACGUGAAGACCCCCGAGGGCCUGAAGCCGCUCGACUGCUUCUACCUGAAGCUGCAUGGCGUGAAGCUGGAGGCCUUGAACCAAUCCAUCAACAUAGAGCAGUCGCAGUCCGAUCGCAGCAAACGGCCCUUCAACCCUGUCACGGUCAACCUGCCUCCGGAGCAGGUCACCAAGGUCACGGUGGGACGGCUGCACUUCAGCGAGACCACGGCCAAUAACAUGAGGAAGAAGGGCAAGCCCAACCCUGACCAGAGGUACUUCAUGCUUGUGGUGGCCCUGCAGGCCCAUGCCCAGAACCAGACUUACACCCUGGCUGCCCACAUCUCCGAGCGCAUCAUUGUCAGACAAAGGGCCAGUUCGGGGGUAAAACACAAACAGAGGGCGGACGGGGACCCCGGAGUCUGCAGACAAGCCUCGAACCCGGGUCAGUUUGAGAGCGACAGCGACGUGCUCUGGCAGCGGGCGCAGCUCCCCGACACCGUCUUCCACCAUGGCCGAGUGGGCAUCAACACAGACCGCCCUGAUGAAGCCCUGGUGGUCCACGGCAACGUGAAGGUCAUGGGAUCGUUGAUGCACCCGUCAGACAUCCGGGCGAAAGACGACAUCCAGGAGGUGGACACCACAGAGCAGCUGAAGAGGAUCUCCCGCAUGCGGCUGGUGCACUAUAACUACAAGCCAGAGUUCGCCGCCACUGUGGGCAUUGAAAGCACGUCUGAGACAGGUGUCAUUGCUCAAGAAGUGAAGGAGAUUCUUCCAGAGGCAGUGAAAGACACGGGGGACAUGGUCUUUGCCAACGGGAAAACCAUCGAGAACUUCCUGGUGGUGAAUAAGGAGCGGAUCUUCAUGGAGAACGUGGGGGCGGUGAAGGAGCUCUGCAAGCUGACCGACAACCUGGAGACCCGCAUCGACGAGCUGGAGAGGUGGAGUCACAAGCUGGCUAAGCUGAAGCGACUGGACAGCAUGAAGUCAACGGUUAGCUCCGGGGCAUUCAGCCAAACAGGAAGUCAGUUCAGCCGCGCAGGAAGUGUGCCCCACAAAAAGAGGCCGCCCAAAAUGGCCAGCAAGUCCCCGGCUGUUGUCACAGAACAAGCUUGCAUCAGCCAGCGCUUCCUGCAAGGCACCAUCAUUGCCCUGGUCGUCGUCAUGGCGUUCAGUGUGGUGUCCAUGUCCACGCUCUACGUGCUGAGCUUGCGCAACGAGGAGGACCUCGCGGAUAUUGAUGGAUUAAAUCAGAACUUUGAUAAGACUCAGUUUGUUUCAUCCACGGCUUCGUCAGACAGACCUAGUGGUGGCACCUCCCCUCUCCCUGUGACAGUGCACGGGCCAGUCUCUGCCCAUGGCUUGCCUGGCCGUAGCGUAGCUGUGUGUCUGCACCCUCCAUGUUUCUCCGUGUGCUGCUCUGCCGCUCCCACCAAUGCCUCUGCCGCUGCUGACUCUGAGAGCAGCCCCACACUUGCCCCCAACCGGACAGACCAGCUCCUCCUGUCCCUCCUGCCGGUGAUGACCAUCAAAGCCAAAUCCAGGGGCCUGAUGGGGAAGGUGACCUCCCAUGCCAAGUGGCCAAAGACCCCGGCACAGUCGCAGGGCUUCGGCAGCCCCAACGCCAGCCCCUCCUCCCCCUUCACCCACCUCCAGAGCAAAUCCAAAUACAGCUCCAACCUCUCGCUGGCACGCAACAGCUUCCCGCUGGGGCAGGCCCGGCAGCAGCGCAGCAUCCCCCAGCCGGCCAGCCAGCAGCCCGGCCUCACGGGCACUGGGCAGGAUGGGCCGGACACUCUGCUCCGCUCCAUACGGUUUGUGGAGAACGACCUGGCCAUCACUCCGCAGUACUGUGCAGCCAGCGACGGAUGCAGGAGAGGGAAUGUCACCUACCGCAUCCCCAUCAGCCCCUCAACAGCAGUGAACACCAACCUCACCCUGGAGAUGAAUGCCGCCUCUGCUGUGUCCAUCCACCUCUGUGGCCUUGAGUCCCGUGCCCCCUGUGAGAACACAGUGAGCAUGGACAGCUCCGCCAAUUCCACAGCCACCCAGGAAAGGACACACCGUUGGCCCCUGGUGUUGCUGUCUUUCCGGGAGUUCACCUACCACUUCCGAGUAGGCCAGCCUGGACAAGCCAACUGUAGUACCACCCCGGAGUACAUGGGACACCUCUUUACUGACUAUUAUUUCCAGUUUUACUGGCUCUGUGAGUGAGUCCUGGCAGCACCAGUGCCCUUUGCCAGGAGAGAGGAAGGGGACUAGUGAACCCAUCAGAUUGCCACACGCCUUCCUCGUAAACCUCCAAGUCCCCUUCUGCUCCUGCCUCCCCCUCGGGGCUCUGAGCCACUUUGGUUCUGUCCUGGGGACGAUAUGGACACUGAAGUGCAUCACAAGGAACAUAGGACCUCUGCCAGGAGCAACAUAACCAGCGCCAGGGCUCUACUGGACAUGCCAAACGAACACUGUCGCCCUGAAUCCUGCGGUGCCCUGAGCAACUCUGUGCAUCUCCUUCCCUGCUGGGGACACUGGCACCCUUCUCCCUCCACUACACUGGAUUGGAAAGUGUUACACUGGAUCGCCCCUGGACAGACUUGGCAAUGCAGCAGCUCUCGGCAACACUGGAAUGUCCUGUCAAGACUGGAGCUCUUGUCAAGGCUGACACACUGGAAUUCUGUCUGGGAAGGAGGGCUCUGCCCAGACAUACUGGAAGUCACACACUGGAGUUGCUGUUCCUUCUAGUUGGCCACUGGCCAUUUUCCUGCAUCCCUGCUCUAUAGGAUUCCUGGCGACCCUGGGAUGCUCCACAUGGACAGCCAGAGAGAACCCCUCUCCUCCCUGCCGAGUUUCCUACACUCCACGCAGACCAGGCCUGAACAGAUGAACUUAAGAACCUCACCAAACUCCUGGUCACCUCAGGCCUGGCUGUUGGCAAGGGCUUGCCCUCGAUUCCCCCUAUCCUUAGGAAAUGGGGGGGGGGAGGGGGGAAGAGGCAUCUCAGGAGUAGAGGCACCUACCAAAUACACCUACCCCAGGGGCCAGUUUGUUGCUAUACCGCCUAAUGCCAUGGUCAGGGUGGGGCUGUCUCUGUGAGUCUAGAGGCCAGCCCUACAGAACAUCCCUGAAGGCCAGACUCACCCUGCCCUGUUUCUGAUCAGGAGUGCCAAAGGAAGCCUCACUACGGACUGCAUUGCAGAAUGGGAGUGGGGUUGCAGAAGACUCAGGUGACUGAUUUCAUAGCACCUCUUGGUGCAUGCAGCUCUGUCCCCACUGGGUCUUGGCCAGGCACAGUGGCACCCUAUGGAUUUCCCCUAGAAGGGGAGGGGGCAGGUGACUCAGGGCCUGGCUCUUACUGCCCCUGGGUAAGUUGUUGAAUGCGUUAUGGGUGUGUUACUGUUACAAGAUUUUAACUUGCUAAACUACUGAAUUUUCAAAGCAGUAUAAAAACAGGCCUCUUAAUUCUAUCCUCACUGAUCUACUUGUGUCUUACAUAGGAAACCAAAGGGGGCGAGUCUGAGCCCCAGCUUGAAGCCUGAUACCUAAACUGGUGCUGGGGGAGCUAGGACAUGUCAGACUGUGGCAGCACUUGUACGUGGGUUUUUCUCCCAGCCUGCCCCAGCACCUGCCAGUG